GGGGCGUGGCCGUAGCGCGCAGGCGUCCUAGUGGCAGGUCCCUGCGUCUCAGGAUGGAGGGUCUUGCCAUUCAUCUGAAGAACAGAGACAGGUUAUAAAAUCUAAAAUUUCCUGCUGCAUUCCGUGAGGUGGUCAUGUGCUGUUUGUCUCAUCUGUUUCUCUGAGUCCAGGAAAAUGGAUAUAGCCAGCCCCCCAACUUCCAAAUGCAUCACAUACUGGAAAAGAAAAGUGAAAUCUGAGUAUAUGCGGCUUCGGCAGCUUAAACGGCUGCAGGCAAACAUGGGAGCAAAGGCUCUGUAUGUGGCAAAUUUUGCAAAGGUUCAAGAAAAAACCCAGAUCCUCAAUGAAGAUUGGAAGAAACUUCGUGUGCAGCCUGUCCAGCCGAUGAAGCCUGUGAGUGGGCACCCUUUCCUGAAGAAGUGUACCAUAGAAAGCAUGUUUCCAGGUUUUGCCAGCCAGAAUAUGUUGAUGAGGUCUCUGAACACUGUGGCAUUGGUUCCCAUCAUGUAUUCCUGGUCCCCUCUGCAGCAGAACUUCAUGGUGGAAGAUGAAACGGUUUUGUGCAAUAUCCCCUACAUGGGUGACGAGGUGAAGGAAGAAGACGAGACAUUCAUUGAGGAGCUGAUUAACAACUACGAUGGCAAAGUCCAUGGUGAAGAAGAGAUGAUCCCUGGGUCUGUGCUGAUCAGCGAUGCUGUUUUCCUGGAGCUGGUAGAUGCCCUCAACCAGCACUCAGAUGAUGAAGAGGACGGGCACAAUGACACCUCAGAUGGAAAGCAAGAUGACAGCAAGGAAGACCUGCCGGUAACAAGGAAGCGGAAACGCCUCGCUAUGGAAGGCAACAAGAAGAGCUCCAAGAAACAGUUUCCAAAUGACAUGAUCUUCAGCGCCAUUGCUUCCAUGUUCCCUGAGAAUGGUGUCCCCGAUGACAUGAAGGAGAGGUAUCGAGAGCUAACAGAGAUGUCAGACCCCAAUGCACUUCCCCCUCAGUGCACACCCAACAUCGACGGCCCCAAUGCCAAGUCAGUGCAGCGGGAGCAGUCUCUGCACUCUUUCCACACCCUUUUCUGCCGGCGCUGUUUUAAAUACGACUGCUUCCUUCACCCUUUCCACGCCACUCCUAAUGUAUAUAAACGCAAGAACAAAGAAAUCAAGAUUGAGCCAGAACCAUGUGGCACAGACUGCUUCCUUUUGCUGGAAGGAGCAAAGGAGUAUGCCAUGCUCCACAACCCUCGCUCCAAGUGCUCUGGGCGCCGGCGGCGAAGACACCAUGUGGUCAGUGCCUCGUGCUCCAAUACCUCAGCCUCUACGAUGGCUGAGACUAAAGAAGGAGACAGUGACAGGGACACUGGGAAUGACUGGGCCUCCAGUUCUUCAGAGGCUAACUCGCGCUGUCAGACUCCCACGAAACAGAAAGCCAGUCCAGCCCCACCGCAGCUCUGUGUUGUGGAAACCCCAGCAGAGCCUGCGGAGUGGACUGGAGCUGAAGAGUCUCUUUUUCGAGUCUUCCAUGGCACCUACUUCAACAACUUCUGCUCAAUCGCCAGGCUUCUGGGGACAAAGACCUGCAAGCAGGUCUUUCAGUUUGCAGUCAAAGAAUCACUUAUCUUGAAGCUGCCAACAGAUGAGCUCAUGAACCCUUCGCAGAAGAAGAAAAGAAAACACAGGCAAGGGUUGUGGGCCGCACACUGCAGGAAAAUUCAGCUGAAGAAAGACAACGCUGCUACACAAGUGUACAACUACCAACCCUGUGACCACCCAAACCGUCCCUGUGACAGCACCUGUCCCUGCAUCAUGACCCAGAAUUUCUGUGAAAAGUUCUGCCAGUGCAGCCCAGACUGCCAGAAUCGUUUUCCUGGUUGUCGCUGUAAGACGCAGUGCAAUACCAAGCAGUGUCCUUGCUAUCUGGCAGUUCGAGAAUGUGACCCUGACUUGUGCCUCACCUGUGGGGCCUCAGAGCACUGGGACUGCAAGGUGGUGUCUUGCAAAAACUGCAGCAUCCAGCGUGGCCUCAAAAAGCACCUGCUGCUGGCCCCUUCCGAUGUGGCCGGAUGGGGCACCUUCAUCAAGGAGUCUGUGCAGAAGAAUGAAUUCAUUUCUGAAUAUUGUGGUGAGCUCAUCUCUCAGGAUGAGGCUGAUCGACGAGGGAAAGUCUAUGAUAAAUACAUGUCCAGCUUCCUCUUCAACCUCAACAAUGAUUUUGUAGUGGAUGCUACCCGGAAAGGAAACAAAAUUCGUUUUGCAAACCAUUCAGUGAACCCCAACUGUUAUGCCAAAGUGGUCAUGGUGAAUGGAGAUCAUCGCAUUGGGAUCUUUGCCAAGAGAGCAAUUCAGGCUGGUGAAGAGCUCUUCUUUGAUUAUAGGUACAGCCAAGCUGAUGCCCUCAAGUAUGUGGGCAUCGAGAGGGAGACCGACGUCUUCUAGCCCUCUGGGCCCCGUGCCAGUGCUGUGCUAGCAGCACUGUCUUGGCUUCAGGCAUACACCACUGCUGCGCCAGCUCCUGCAAUGUCUUCCAUGCUGAGAAACCCCACCCACUCCUGUAUAACUAGGCCUCCACUUUAUUACAAGGGGACAAACUGCCUCAGUGAAAGGGGAAACAGAGGCGGUGAAGACCUGGUCUCCCAGGAGAGUUCAGAUGUGAGAAGCUCCACCUCCACAUCAGGGGAGGAGGCCAUGGGCUGGGGUGGAUAUCAGUGCUUGAUUUUUCCUCAGCUCCCAAGCUGUGGGCCCUCAGGAAUCAACCAGUGCUACCAUUUAAACUUUCCUAAUCCAGAGGUCUUGUGUCAUUGGCUAUCAGGCGUUGCUAAGUGAAACCAGGUCCCUGGAGCCUGCAGGUGUCAGGGUUAAAGGUGAGCCUGCCAGGCAAUGCAGACAGAACUCAGGGAGAGCCAUCUCCGUGACAUCUCUGUGGCUACAGGAGGGAAAGCUAAAUGCCACCAUCCUGUGGACAUAGGGAGAGUCAGCCAGAGCCUGGGGAAAGGACUGUCCUAUAGACUGCGGGUGGUGGGCAUUUUCAGGU